UCUUCGGGAAAAUCUGUACGCAUGGAGAAAAAAAAUGCCAUGAGGUAGAUAUUGGGAAAAUUCCGAUGAAAACUAUAUACGAAUGAUGGAUUCGAUAUGAAAGGCGCUCGGUAGGAGGUCGUUCCACCAAGUUGCGGCCUCGACCAUGCCAUCCGCCAGCGACGCUGAGCUAUUAUCUCGGGCAAUCAUAUGACUCCUCUGCACGUGACUUUAUUUACAGUAAGAGACUUAUACCCGCGCGAACAUGUAUGGUGCAGUUCCGCGUGACAUGAUAGACGCAGGUCCGAUCCGAGGCGAGGCGAUGCAAUCACCAUAGAUGACGGGCCGUGGCUAUAUGAUGCCGUUGCUCGAUAAGCUGCUACCUGCGAGGAAGAGCAGUCCGCGCGAAAGUGCUGAGAGCAUAGUGUUCAGUGCGCGAACAACUGGGAAUGAUAGUUAUUGUAGGGACUCCGUGUUGCAAGUUGGAGCGGAUCAAGUGCGGAUUUUGUUAUUUCGAGAAUGCGAAUGGCGCGGUAGAAAACUUCUCUUUGAUUCAAUGACGGUGCAGAAGCACCGAAAUAAAAGCGAAACUGUGUGCACUGCGGUGAACAACAAUGCAGAGGGAAAAUACGAGACACUUUUUAAUAUAGGGACUGCUCGUGAUUUCGAGCGAGAUAAGACUGUCGAAGAUGACGUGAAUCUGCUGAGUGAAAUGGUGUUCGGUACUGUGGCAAUGACGUACAGGGGGUCGUCGUUCAAGGUUCACUCGAUGAAUUCUCCACCAUGUAUCAUGUGCACAAAAAUAUUUCCGGCGACGGAGCAUGGCACGUGCAAGACGAGUGAAAAAGUCUCGGAUGAAGGACUCGGUCGGUCCUUGCACAUGGAAUCUACUUCCAGCAACACCAGUAUGCGAUCAUUUCAGUCCCGGCCGAGCUCUGGCAAUCUGUCGAGUAACGAUUCGCACGUGGGUCAGCGAAAGAGUUCGACGUGCUCGAGUAUCGGUAGCGGCUGGGACAUAGACAUAACUCCUACGACGGGCAGUUCGCAAUCGUUGGAGAGUAACGGAUCUUCCGGGAUCGGCAGUCUCACCAGCUUACGCAAAAGAUGGUUGAGGGCGGUCUCGACUUCUCUCGGACGAUCAGACUCCGACGAUGCCUUCGGGAUGCAGCACUGGAACGAGAACGGAAGCGACGGGCGUGACGGACACGGAAAGCGACACAAAACUAGACUGGGUUUGACGAUGUUAGUGCGAUUGGCUCAGGGUCAUGAAAGCCAGAUAAAGAUACGACUCUUAGAACACAUGGCUCUCCUAGAAGGGAUGCUGGAUCGUUUGCGGUAUUUUUGCAUCGAGACGAGCAACAUUACCGGUUUCAACUGCAAGAGGAUGCAGUUGACUGACAGAAUGUGCAGAGCGACGUCUCGAUUUGUUAUCUCGCUGUUGCAUAUACUUCUUGAUGUCGAUGUUAACAUCCGCACGCCUCUGCUGUGGCACGAUGUUCUGCUUAAUUCCGUGACGGUGAACGACAAGACAUAUACCUUGCAUCGCAGUUUGCAACAGAUGUGCCAAUUAUUCGACGAACUCGAUACAAAAUCAACAAAUUUUUUCCUUAGCACCGUGGUAACUGCCGUAUUAACGUAUCAUCUCGGCUGGGUGUACACCGUACUAUCUCCGCGUGAUCGGCAUAUGAUCGAGAAGCUGGGUAGCUGGUAUUCCUGCAAUCCACUGUGGGCACAACUUGGCGACUUGUAUGGCGCGCUAGGCAAUCCCUUGAAAGUAGCGCACACCGUAAUUGCGGGCGAUCCUCGGAAAAGCGAUUUAAUUAAUUCCGUAUUGUCGUUCCUGUCUUACUUCAUUCGCAGUGGGACAAUACGGAAAUGCCAGGAAUACCGUUGCACGUCGCAGCAAGACGUGGAGAUGGCGACGAACAUGCUGGAGCAGGCUCGCAGCAAACGACCGUACCUGUUCAGUAACAGGAGGCCGUCGUGUCCGUUCAACGAUCGAGAGACCUCGAUUCGCAGACGCGAGUCGCGCGUUUUACCAUCGCGCAAGUCGACACAGUCGUCCGAAACCGGCGGCGAUGCGCAAUGCAUUCUACGGCAUUCUGCGGAACGACCGAGGAUCUCGCGAUCCGCCAGUCCCCUGAAGCGUAGCGGCACCAUGAAAUCCGGCCUUGACACGCUCAUGACGAAAUCGACCGAGCCGCCGGUGGAUCUCAAGUUUCCAUUAAAGGAAUUUCUAACGCGUGAAAAUCACGAGAGCGAGAAAUACGAGCUGAUGCAGGAGGACCGAUCUAAGGAGGACGAAAAGAAAGAUUGCAAAGUGUCGAGCGAAGUAAAAAUAAUUGUUAGCGAGAUCGAGUCGCAGGAAGAUGUCACAUUGAAAGGAUGUCAGCCGCUAGAUUUCCCGCAGUUUCCUCCUCUGCGAGGCUUCGAGAAGAAGUUGGGAGCGCACGAUGCCGAAGACAGUCUUGCGACCGGAAAGGCUGAGCUCCAUCAUCAUCUGAAUAACAACGUGGAUCCACUCAAGAUGUUCUACAACAGACCCGAAUUACCACUUGACGCGAACGACGGAUUCGUCGAUGAAUUUAAGGAAUCGCAGGUCUUCUUCACCCUCGGUGGCGAAGACAAACCCGCGAAGUUACCGUUGAGGCCGCGUCUCGGAAACAAUUGUCAAUGUUCUUACACUUUCACGAGACUGCCCAGUACGUCUGCGCAACUUCCGGAAGGCGUGUUGAGAAAGAUCAUCCAGCGAAACUUUCCCGAAUCGUCGAAAAGCAUACAGCCGCCUCCGGGGACGGCGUCCAGUAUGGGUACGAGGUCCAUUGGCUUUUGUUUAAAGUGCAACGGUCAGGGGUAUGCCGCCUCGCAAGAUUAUGACAGCAGCAAGCAGUUGUUGGAAACGCCGACGAACGCGACGGAGGUGUUACGCACGUGCGGAAGUUCCGAAGGUGGCAGAACCACGAGACUGUCGCGAUCCAACAGUCUCGAGGCUCUGAUGGAAGCCAAUAGCGUCGUGGAGCUGCCAAUGCCACAAUCGAAAAAAAUUUCACAGGUCAAAACUGGAUUAAUUAGAGAAAUGGGCUUUACCAAAACUCUCAUGAGAAAUAAAACGAUAAAUGACGAGAAUAACAUUUUAAAUACAGGCUAUACGUGGGGUUUGGUGCUACAGGGCGUAACCAAGAAAAAAAAGAGGAGAAAAAAGAAAUUGUCAGAAAGUGAAAAGGACAAUCCUGAGAUUGAAUCGGAGGAGAAGUGGUGGUCGUAUAUACGGGAGGAAAUUAUGGCCAGCGCUCGAUUUCCGACGAUCGAUCAACCAGUUGCAGAAGCACUCUGCGUGUUGGCCGAUCUGGACACGUGGCACGUUGGAAUCUUGUCGAAUAACGCGCCCUGGCAAAGUCCUCCGCUGCCAGUCGGAAUGUCGCGUCUGGUGUCAAAUAUGCUAGAAUCUUUCGCCUAUGUAUGGCGAAAAUACCACUCUCCUACCCAUUGCAUAGCCAUUUUGGAGUCUAAACUGAGGGAAUUAUGGUUAAGAAGCGAAGCCUUGGCGGAGAUGAUGAUGUCCAUGGAGGAGUCCGACGCCAAUGUGAACAGCUUAACGAACGCUCUUGAUCUCGAUGCAGCCGACAUACCACUUUUACUCGCGGUUGCAACCACUCAUUCUCCGGAAAUAGCGCAACGAUUCGGUCUUACGCUAACUUAAAUCCGUUCGGUUGUUCAUAUCGGUUUACUUCUUACGUCAUUUUGAUAGAUACUUUCUGAGUAGCGUAUCAAUAUGUGUUAAUAUCUAAACCAAAAGAAACUAAUAAUAGUCGCAGAAUAGCGUAACUUCGUAAAAUGUAAUUAAAUACCUAAUCGUAUGCGCGUAAAUUAAAUUAGGCUAUAGGACAUUAAGAAUAAUUCUCGCGUUUAGUCAUUCGUUUUAGCGUUUUUUUUUUUUUAAUGAAUUUUAAUGAAGUGAAUAUAUAGUUCUUAUAACACUAAAUCAAUAGCCGAUGAUUUUUUACUAAUAAAUAUACGUACUGUUGGUAUUCAUAAUCGAUUCUUAUAUUUAAGAUCAUUUUAAGUUUUAUCUUAAGAUGUCAUCAACCAAUCAGAGAGCCGUAUUAGCAUCUUAAGAUAUUACUUAAAACGAUCUUGAAAUAAGAAUCGACUAUGAAUACUGGCCUUUUGGUUUUUUUUACACGAUUCAAACGAGUUUACAAUUGUACACAUUGAAUUAAUAAAUUCCGAAUAAAUUUUUUA